UCUAAAUGUGCAGGGAAAAACUGGAGGACCCUGAUAAAAAAAAAUCCACGUGACCACGGAGAAAACAUGCAAACUGAAAAUAUACAGGGUCGGCUUUAAAACCACAACCUCCUGUGGACCAGGCGAGGUAUUUAACAUUUCACCAUUGUGGCACCGCUAUUUAUGGUGCAGGCUGUGGGAGCGCUUUUGUGAGCACGUCCACCGAGGAGAUGGAGCGACGAGAACAGCUCAUGUGCACGUGCUGGAUCGAUUGUUGUAUCCCAGGAUGAUGAAAGGUGGCGGUGGCUCAGGGAGGCCCUUCAGCAGUCGAUUGAUCAUGGCUGAUGAUGAUUACGGUUAUUUUGAAUGAUUUAGUCUUGCCUUCGCGCGCUAUUGUGUACAACACGUGUAUUCGUUUACUUUCUAUGAAUCAUAUCUGUAAUUGGUUUAACUGUGGUUUUCAUUAUGUAUGAUUACGUGGUGGUGGUGGUGGUUUGAGGAGGUGGUAGUGGUUUGAUUGGGCGUUCAUCCAGCAAUGGAUUGACCAUGGGUGAUGAUGAUGAUGAGUGACACUCAGCUUGGCUCUGGACCUCAGUCACAGUCAUUUAUGUCCGUGAAAUACAAGGUGCUCCCAAAACAUGUUUAACACUCAUAUGGGACUAUCGUUUUUAAUGAAAAAAGAACGUACAAUACACCACUCACAUGAUAACAAAUGUAACGUUAAUAGCUUCAAAAAGUCAAAGAGUCUCCACUUGUUCGCCAUCGUUGCCAACGCGUGGCCUGGAAUCGUCUCCAGGCGGUCUGCAGAGCCCGUGGGCGCAUUUCUUGUGGUGUUGUUGAAAAUUCUCGGAAGUGUUAACAUUUUUUUUGGAAGCACCCUGUAUUGCGCAAGUUAUAAAUGGCAUUCUUAACACGACGAUGUGUGCACUGCAUAUACCUCCUUGUUGUCACACGUGUGUCCGAAAGUCGCACGAAUAAUUCACUUGUCUGGCUAUAGACAUCUGAUAACAGAGGUUCGCUCGAAGAGCCUCCAGUCUCAGCGAAGAGCGCAAUAUAAGCUGACAGAAGUAAGAAAGUGUUCCCUCUCAUCCUGGCAGGUAUCAUUUUAGCUCGGCAACGUGCGCACGUAUUUGUGUUAAAUAUCAGACCCGUGUUCGCGUGUUAAAAUGAAAGUGAUUAUGGUAAUGUUCUUCGUAUCUAAAUGUGUAAAAAAAAAGCUGCUGUGAAUGUAACAGGUGAUAAACGAUUGCACAAACGUGUAACGAAAAUGCAUAUCGUUCGCCAAUAUUUCACAAAAUAGUGACAAGAGCUUAAACGCAUUAUAGAGCAAUCUCCUUGCUGAGAGAUGUGAAUAACCUCAUUGUCCAUGAUUAUGGUCAGCCUUUGUCCAUUGAACGAGGAUCAAAAAUUAACUUUGAACAAGAUGCCUGAAAUAAGGUGAUUGUCAACACAUUGCAUUGCAAACCUUGUCGCUGCUUUUCACUGGAAAACAUCCGGUGCAAAAUGUCCUGAUGAAUCCAAAUGUCACCGCUUAACUCGAGUUUUGAAAGAGAAUAAAUACAUAGUUCUGCUGAAAUGUCCCUGAACGUAACGGUAUUUUGGCGUGUCAUUGUGCGAGGAUGGAAUGCAUUUGGAGACAUUCGUAAAUUGCGAGCAGAUAUUUGCAAUUUUACAUUUUUGCAAAUGCUUCGAGCAGACAUUUGUGGUGGUUUUCGCUGUCUGUGAGUGAAAGCAGAUUUAGAUAAUAAUAAUAAUAAUUUACUAUAAAGCACCUUUCACCCACAGAUCACAUUGCACUCUACAACACAGACACACACACAUGCAGGCUUACACCAAUACAAUCUAACCCCAAAAGAAAGGGUUCAACAAAUAGAAAGAGCCCUUACAAAUAAGUGUGUCUUACGGCGCACUUAUUUUAGCGAUGUGAUGUCCUGAAUUUGUCACAAAAGUGUAAUUUCAAAAGCUAAAUUAAUGUAUUGUUGCAUACAUUUUAACAGUCGCUUGUUAAGCACAUAUGGAGUAUCGUCGUUAUUACUCCUACUCUUAUUAUACUGAAGAACUCUUCUUAUCUGUGGUGAUAUGGGGAACAAACAUUGUACAUUUUCAUCCGCGCGAUGUUAUCCACGAAUUUGCUCAAUUUAUCAGUGACAAAAACAAUAUUGGAUAAAUAGCACAGAAUAGGUUUAAUUUGUCAAUUGAAUUUUGUUUUUAUCCGUGAAACAAUUUAGCAAUGCAGGAUGGCAAAAAGGUGGAGAAUUGCGGAUAAUAGGAGAGAAAAGGGGUACGGUUAAUAGGAGUAUUUGUGGACCCUCCUGUGGAUAAUGAGUUGUGUAUUAUGGUUGCGGAUAAGAGGAGAUCUGUAAUACAUCACGCUGUAAACUUAAUCAAUGUACAACGCACUUUUACAUGUACAACAUAUGAUUAGACUGUAUUUAAUUUCGGUUUAUUGUGAGAUGAAUUAAGUACACCUUCAAAAAAUAUAUAGAAACAAAAGCAAUCGUCCAUUAAAAGCUGUAAUUAUAACAUGAAGCAGCCACAAAGCAAAGGUGAUGUUUUCCAUUUCAUGGACAAGAAAUAAAUUUUGGCUGCAAAACAAUUCAGAGAUCUAUAAUUGCAGCUGCACGACGGUAGAACAGACAGCAUCACUAAAAUCCACGUGAAAAUGUAUUCUGUUUUGAGUCGAUAAUGAGUUGCGAAUACAUCUCUCGGUUUACACUUUACAAUGACCUUUUGACCUUGCUGCUCUCGUCCCUUGAUGUGACAUUUUUUACGUCUGCGGGAAAGUUCAGCCAAUGGAAGACUCGAUCUCAUUUGUGUUUUUUUUUCUCCAAGGGAAAACAGGUGAAGGCCAGAGUCAGCACCUUUAUCUUUUUUCACAUUGUUACUAUAAAUGUAAUGCAAUUGCAGCCAAUGGUGACUUCGGCAUUGCUAUGGUUACGUAUGCCUUGCAUUCUCCCUCUUCCGUGUGGCUGAUGUAGAUGCAGGGAAACCGAUACAAUACCAGGUGGUCAAGCCAGAUGACCACGUAAGCAGCAGCAGAAUGUGUCCGCUGUGAUUUCUCAUUCGUAUUUGUGGAUCGUUAUAUGUCGUGUGGUCUGUUUCUGGAUGAUCACAGUUGCACACUGGAGAGAUUUUUUUGUAAUGUUCCAUUUGAGCAUCAGGUAGUAUCCCCAUCUGUCAUGGUUUGUGCUGAUGCGAGUUCGGGUGUACCAUGAGCUCCAAUGCCUUGUGUAUUGCAUUCACAGAGGUGUCAGUUGUAAGUGUUUUUGACAUUUUUCCUGAGGACUGUAUUUAAAAAAAGGAAAAUAAAAUAUCUGCAGUUAUAUUUUGUAAAAAAAAAAUUACACCUGUUAACGACAGGGUUAAAAUAUGAAGAAAAUAUAAUGCAGUUAUAUUUUUGUAUUGAACUACCGAUUGAUCGGCGUUUCGUGUAUGGUGGGGUAAAGUGUGGCCACUCCUGCCUCUUGUUGUUGUCCUACCCUCCGAUGAGCACGGUUGGAUACGCACGGUGCGAAAGAAGUGCAACAUAUAUACAUGCAUUACAAGACGUCUGGCUAGUUUGGAAGAUUAGGCCAAAAUAUUUCUCGAGAGGCAGGUUUCCAAAGUUUACUCUGGUUGAGGCCCUUCCAACAGCAGUGGUAUGAGCCAGAAAAUUCCGGGCUUCACCAUUUCCUAAAAUACUGCCAUAAUCCUGUCAUUAGGUAAAUGCAAUUAACUGCAAAACAUAUACUGUAUAUAUUUUUCUGCAUGAUAUAAAUCUACCAGGUAGAAAAACGAAUGAUGUUAAUAAACAAAGACAUCAAUAAUGAUCAUCCUAGUUAAAUACAUUAGAGCGUGCCAGAUAUUCAAUUAUCUGUGCAGUUGCUGUGGAAUCAUAAUUACACACGUUUUGUUUUAUUAAUUAAAAAAGCGACAGGUUUCCUUUGAACAAAUGAAUAAGGAAAAAAAAAGUGCGUAAUAUCAUUAGCAAUUUUUUUGCCUUUUUUAAAUUUAACACUCGAGGAAAUGAGACGUAAAAAAAAGUCAAAUCAGAAAUGGAACCCCCCGAAGCCAGCAUUUGCAUUUCAGCGGUUGAAUGCAUUUUGCUCCUCGCGUAAGGCAACGCACUGGGAGCACACGUGGUACAUACCGUAGGUCUCUUGUGUUUUUUUUUCUCGUAUCGUGAGAGCAUUCUUCUCAAAGCCGGUGAUCCCUGAAACGCAAAGGCCGUACAUCGACGGGGGAGCACUCAAACGGAAAAGAAAUGUCCCUGAAUUAUUGUACAAACGCCACGAUUCAACAAAACCACUCCAAGCCAGAAGACAUCGUGGGCUUCGUCCCAGAGAUUGAGAACGUUCAUUUGCGAUCGGCGUUGGCUUUUGGCUGCGUUCUGAUCUUUCUGGUCGGCGUUCCGGGAAACAUCGUCCUGCUCGCCGCCCUGCGAGAGAGCAUCCGGAGCAGAGACGGCGACACCGUCACCUCCGUCACGAGCGUCUUGAUAUUCAACAUCACCGCCUCGGACCUCGUCCUCCUGCUCUACGUCAUCCCCUUGUUCUCGCUGCACUUCGUCCUCUGCAGCUGGACCUUCGGGCCGCUCGUUUGCACCGCCUUCAAGGUCGCGUCGCACAUCAGCAUGAGCGUGAGCUUCUACAGCAUGGUCUGCCUGUCCGUCGUGCGCUACGUCGCCGUGGUGCACCCCAUCCUCGCGCGGCUCGUGCGCUACAACCACGCGCUGAUGCUCUGCGCCAUCAUCUGGCUGGCCACCUUGGGCUUGAGCACCCCCCGCUGGGUCUACAGCCGCGUCGUCGGCGUGGGCACGCGCAGCGUCUGCGCGCUGGUCAUGGACGAGAGGGAGAGGCUGCUCUUCGACGUGGCACUGAACACCGUCGGGUUUAUCCCGGCCGUCGCCGUCAUGGUCUUCUGCUACUCGAGGAUCGUGCGCACCUUGUGGAGGCGAGGGGACAUGAUACGCAACAACCAGGCGAGCCUUCUGUUUAACCGCCAGGCCACGACUAUGACGCUGGUGGCCUUGAUAGCUUUCAGCCUGCUGUGCAUUCCCAUGCUGGUUUACAUGCUCUGCCAGGCAAAGUUGUUCACCAACAACUUGGAUUACGCCAUCGUCAAUCAAGUUUCAAUUGUCCUCUGUUACACCAACAGCUGCAUCAACCCAGUCAUAUACUUCUCUUUCUCCGGGCAGUUCCGCUUAGCUCUCAAGAAAGUUUUAAGGAAUUGCCAUUCUGAGCAAAAUUUGCAAAACAAUGGUUUGCCUCGAAACACAGCAGAUAUGCAUAAUGUCUGUAUUUUGACGUCGUUUAGAACAAUUGGAAAUUCGUGAUUGAGGUUGAAGUGUCCCAACUUGGUCAGAAUCCGAAAUUAUAUUGACGUGCGUGAGUUUUUCAGAGCAUAAUUUGUAUUCUGCUGUCAUAGCAUUUGUGAGAUCACCCAAGGACUUUUGAGGUAGUGGCUGUGGACAUGGCUCCAGUUGAGGAUGCACAUGAGCGGGUGGCACAAUUUUACUUUGCAGAGAAGAGACGUUAGCUGCUAUUCCUAACCCGUGUCUGUAAAGGUGUUCGAGAUGGAUGCGUACAGAUACUGGCGGAGCCAGUGGGGGAGGGGGGGGUGGCACGUGCCCCCCCAAUGAUCCGAUCGAAA